AUGCAGAGGGAGUCCCUGGGUACUGCGGAAAGUACUGAGGCACCAGGGCGCAGAGGCCAGAACAACCCGGAGAGCGGAAACAGGGCAGGCAGAGAACAGGCGGAAAAGGCCUGCGACGGCCGGAAGCGGGUACUAAGGGUCGGGGGAGACGAGGCGGGGCCUGGCGCGCCUGCUCCCGCGACCCGGAUGUACUCGCCCCGGGCCGCGGGGAGAGGCGUUGGAGUGCGUACGUGGAAGCUCGCGAGGCGUCAGCUCUGCCCCCGCCAACCCCGGGCCGAGAGGCGGGGCCAGCGUGGCGUGCGUGGCGGGGCGGGCCCGGAGAGGGGGCGUGGCCGGCGGUAG